AUGACUAUUUCAUUGGGAAAUCAUUUCAAAGUAAUUUUAUGCCUUAUAUGUACUUUAACAAAUUCAUCUACUGGAAAUCUACAGUGUAGCGACAAUAAUACUCAAUGUUUACUUUAUGUAUACCAAGAAAAGUCUUUUUGGGAUGCAAAUAAAAUUUGUAAACAACUGGCGGGUAAUUUAUGGGUACCAGAGACGGAUGUAGUAAUUCAUUAUGAUUAUUGGAUUGGAAUACAUAAAUUACUGACAAGCGAUGAUAUCGAUGAACCAGUAUGGAUGACUAUGACACAUCAUAUUUUAAAUGAAGAAAAUUGGGUCACAGAUUCACUUAUUUUUCAAGACAAUAUGAACUGUGCUGUUGCUAAAGCAAUGAAAUCAGGAAAAUGGUAUCCAACAGCAUGUCAGCGACGUUUCUUUUUUGUCUGUCACUUCAAAUUUUAA